AGUUAUGCGCACGAUAAGGUGUACUGGGGCACCACUUGCCUUGGUAUGCAUAAAAACUUAUCAACACAGGGCAAGGCAAUUCAGUUGAUUUUCGAAAGCACUGCCAUAUAGAGGCGAACGCUGGUGUAGACCGCAUAACUAUCAAAACGAUAAUACAAACAUACACACAAACAAACGAAGUUGUAAUUAAUUGCAAACAUCAAAUACGACAUGCAAUUUCGGCAUCUAUUCACUUCGUUGAUGCUCGGCAUCUUCUUUCUGGCCGCAUUGACCUUAGCACCUGCUGCUGCUGAUACCGACACUCCUCUCUGCCCGUGUCCACGCAACUAUGAUCCGGUGUGCGCUGCCAAUUUGAUCACCUAUGCAAAUCGGUGCGAAUACGAUUGUGUGCGUCGUGAUGUGGAACGCAGGGGACGCAGCUUGAACUUGCUGCGCUCUGGACCAUGCUAAGUGGGACGGCGCAACGGUAUUGAAUUGUAAUUGAAAUUUGUACAACAGGCUUUUUUGGUGACGCCAAAAUUUACGGAAAUGUGAUGAUCGUAAUGAUUUGCUUUACUAAUAUAUAUUUACGUAUGCAUUUCAAAUAACAUGCGAAGGUGUUGACAAUUUUAUGUCGAUGUUAAAAUAUAAUAAAUUAUAUAUUUUUCUGUGAAUAAAA